UCUAAACGCCGACAAGCCACAAGACUGUCAGGACAUUCUCGACAACGACGAUCCAACGCCGAGCGGCGUGUACAUGGUUUAUCCACGGGACAACCUGGGCGGCUUCCCGGUCUUCUGUGACAUGGACACCGACGGAGGCGGCUGGACGUUGUUCCAGAGACGCCAAGACGGAACCGUGGACUUCGACCGGGGCUGGGCGGACUACAAGACGGGCUUCCCUCCCAACCUGAACGGUGAGUUCUGGCUGGGGAAUGACAACUUGUACCGCCUGGCUGUGCAGAAAGUCUACCAGCUCAGGGUAGAUAUGGAGGAUGUGGAGGGAAACACGGCGUACGCCGCUUACGACACGUUUGCCAUCUCAUCUGAACCCCAGAACUACAAACUCCACAUAGGGACUUACAGCGGUACUGCUGAUGCCAGCUUGACGCCACUUCAAAUGAAGCCAUUCAGUACCAAGGACAGAGAUAACGACGAGAGCUCGUCAGACUGUGCUACGGAGUACAGAGGUGGGUGGUGGUACGGAGAUUGCCACACCUCCAACCUGAACGGCCUGUACCAUCUGAGUUCUAAUGACGGCGUUAACAGGCAGGCAUGGGAGGGUUUUGGGAACCCUCUAAGGCGCACGGAGAUGAAACUCCGACCGGCUCCAUAA